AGAUGGAUGGCAAUGAUACGUUUCCCCAGUUCAGCCACAAUGCGCUUCCCACACCUCAUUCUCUGUUUACAACGAAUAUCAAGGGGAACGAUGAAGAACCCACCACCAGUUAUGACUAUGAUUACAGUGAGCCCUGCCAAAAGACCGCCGUGGGACAAAUCGAAGCCCAGUUCCUGCCCCCGCUCUACUCGCUGGUGUUCAUCUUUGGUUUUGUGGGCAACUUGCUGGUCGUCCUCAUCCUGAUCAACUGCAAAAAGCUGAAGAGCAUGACUGACAUCUACCUGCUCAACCUGGCCAUCUCUGACCUCCUUUUCAUCAUCACCAUCCCGUUCUGGGCUCACUAUGCUGCAGGCCAGUGGGUCUUUGGGAACGUGAUGUGUAAAUUUUUCACAGGGCUAUAUCACAUUGGUUAUUUUGGUGGAAUCUUCUUCAUCAUCCUCUUGACAAUCGAUAGGUACCUGGCUAUCGUCCAUGCUGUGUUUGCUUUAAAAGCCAGGACGGUCACCUUUGGGGUGGUGACAAGUGGGGUCACCUGGGUGGUGGCUGUGUUCGCCUCUCUCCCAGGAAUCAUCUUUAUCAAAUCCCAAGAAGAACAUUCUGGUUAUGCCUGCGCCCCUUAUUUUCCACUAGGAUGGAAGAAUUUCCAUACAAUAAUGAGAAGCAUCUUGGGCCUGGUGCUGCCACUGCUUGUCAUGGUCGUCUGCUACUCGGGAAUCCUAAAAACUCUGCUUCGGUGUCGCAACGAGAAGAAGAGGCACAAGGCCGUGAGGCUCAUCUUCGUGAUCAUGAUUGUCUACUUUCUCUUCUGGGCUCCCUACAACAUCGUCCUUCUUCUGAGCACCUUCCAGGAAUUCUUUGGCCUGAGUAACUGUACGAACAGCAGUCAGCUGGACCAAGCAAUGCAGGUGACCGAGACCCUGGGGCUGAUGCACUGCUGCAUCAACCCCAUCAUCUAUGCCUUCGUCGGGGAGAAGUUCAGAAGGUAUCUCUCUGUGUUUUUCCGAAAGCACGUUGCCAAACACCUCUGCAAACAAUGCCCAGUCUUCUACAGGGAAACAGGAGAUCGAGUGAGUUCAACAUAUACCCCUUCCACUGGGGAGCAGGAAGUCUCGGCUGUUUUGUAGAGGAGUAGCAGUUCGCUUGUUAUUUUCAAAGGGAGACAGCAAUCUAUAUAUGAUGAUAAGCCUCC